AUGGAUCCCGAUUCACUCUCGGCGAGCUUGUUUAAGUGGGACACCAGGGCUGCUCUGGCUCAGCCGGCGGGCCGUCUUUACGAACCCAUAACACUACAACAACAACAACAACCACCACCACCACCGCCACCUCCACCACCGCACCCGGCGGCAAUGGCGGCAACCUCUGCUGGAAUGGGGGGCUAUUUGGUCAGAGAAAGCAGGGAUCUUGGAGGGUUGGAGGAGGUGUUCCAUGCUUAUGGAGUACGAUAUUUCACGGCUACAAAGAUAGCAGAGCUUGGCUUCACAGCUAACACGCUGUUAGAUAUGAAGGAUGAAGAGCUUGAUGAAAUGAUGAACAGCUUGUCUCAUAUUUUCCGAUGGGACUUACUUGUUGGUGAGAGAUAUGGCAUCAAAGCUGCCGUGAGGGCGGAACGACGCCGCCAGGAGGAGGAGGAUUCACGGCGGCGCUACCUUCUCUCUUCCGACACCACCAACACUCUUGAUGCACUCUCUCAAGAGGGCUUGUCGGAGGAGCCAGUGCAACAAGAAAAUGAAGCGGCGGGGAGUGGGGGCGGAGGGGGGGCAUGGGAGAUGGCGGCGAUGAGGAGCUGCGGCGGAGGAGGAAAGACGAAGCAGGGACAACGUAGGAGUAAGAAAAUUGGAGUAAGGGGCAGAAUUGGAUCUUCCUCACAAAUGGGUGGAGGAGAUGAUAAUUUUGAGAAUGAAAGCGAAGAUGAUCCAGACAACGGUGGCGGUGGCGCCGGAGUAGAACGGCAAAGAGAGCAUCCUUUCAUCGUGACGGAGCCGGGAGAGGUGGCGCGUGGCAAAAAGAAUGGUCUUGAUUACCUGUUCCAUCUCUAUGAGCAAUGCCGUGAUUUCUUGAUCCAAGUUCAGACCAUCGCAAAAGAGAGAGGUGAAAAAUGUCCCACAAAGGUGACGAACCAGGUGUUCAGGUUUGCAAAAAAGGCUGGUGCGAGCUACAUCAACAAGCCCAAAAUGAGACACUACGUUCACUGCUAUGCACUCCACUGUCUGGAUGAGGAAGCUUCCAAUGGGCUGAGAAGGGCUUUCAAGGAAAGAGGGGAGAACGUGGGUGCAUGGCGGCAGGCUUGUUACAAGCCCUUGGUCUCCAUUGCAUCUCGCCAGGGUUGGGAUAUCGAUGCCAUUUUCAACACUCAUCCACGACUUUCCAUUUGGUAUGUUCCCACCAAACUCCGCCAGCUCUGCCAUGCAGAGCGUAGCAGUGCUGCCAUUGUAGCCGCCGCUGCUGCUUCCACCUCCGUUGCCGCCGGUGGUGGUGGUGGUGGUGGUGGUCAUCUGCACUUUUGA